CAGAAACUUCAAUUUGUUGGUUGCUGCAGCAGGUAGCAAAGUGACUGUAAGGACUUGGAUGCUCCAGUAGCCACCGCGGCUGGAGAGCCAGCGAUUACUAUGGAGGCGAUCAGUAUUUACACUUCAGAGAACUACUCAGAGGACUUGGGCUCAGGGGAUUAUGACUCCAUAAAAGAACCCUGCUUCCGGGAAGAAAAUGCCCAUUUCAACCGGAUCUUCCUGCCCACCAUCUACUUCAUCAUCUUCUUGACUGGCAUAGUGGGCAAUGGAUUGGUGAUUCUGGUCAUGGGUUACCAGAAGAAACUGAGAAGCAUGACUGAUAAGUACAGGCUGCACCUGUCAGUGGCUGACCUUCUCUUUGUCAUCACGCUCCCCUUCUGGGCAGUUGAUGCCUUGGCAAACUGGUACUUUGGGGAGUUCCUCUGCAAGGCAGUCCAUGUCAUCUACACUGUCAACCUCUAUAGCAGUGUCCUGAUUUUGGCUUUCAUCAGUCUGGACCGGUACCUGGCCAUCGUCCAUGCCACCAACAGUCAGAGGCCAAGGAAGCUAUUGGCUGAAAAGGCAGUCUAUGUUGGUGUCUGGAUCCCUGCUGUCCUCCUGACUAUCCCUGAUAUCAUCUUUGCCAGUGUCAGGGAGGCAGACGGGAGGUAUAUCUGUGACCGCUUUUACCCCAGUGACUUGUGGGUGGUUGUGUUCCAGUUUCAGCACAUCAUGGUUGGCCUUAUCCUGCCAGGUAUUGUCAUCCUGUCCUGCUAUUGCAUUAUCAUCUCCAAGCUGUCACACUCCAAAGGCCACCAGAAGCGCAAGGCCCUCAAGACCACAGUCAUCCUCAUCCUGGCUUUCUUCUCCUGCUGGCUGCCCUAUUACAUUGGAAUCAGCAUCGACUCCUUCAUUCUCCUAGAAAUCAUCAAGCAAGGAUGUGAAUUUGAGAGCACUGUGCACAAGUGGAUUUCCAUCACCGAGGCCCUGGCCUUUUUCCACUGUUGCCUGAAUCCUAUCCUCUAUGCCUUCCUUGGAGCCAAAUUUAAAACAUCUGCUCAGCAUGCACUCACCUCUGUGAGCAGAGGGUCCAGCCUUAAGAUCCUUUCCAAAGGAAAACGGGGUGGACAUUCUUCUGUUUCAACUGAAUCUGAGUCUUCGAGUUUUCACUCCAGCUAACACUGAUGUAAAAAGACAUUUUUUUUAUACAAUAAAGAACUUUUUUUAAGUUACACAUUUUUCAGAUAUAAAAGACUGACCAAUACUGUACAGUUUUUAUUGACUGUUGGAUUUUUGUCUUGUGUUCCUUUAGUUUUUGUGAUGUUUAAUUGACUUAUUUAUAUAAAUAUUUUUGUUUCAUGUCAAUGAGCGUCUAGGCAGGACCUGUGGCCAAGUUCUUAGUUGCUGUAUGUCUGGUUAUGGAACUGUAGAAAAGGAACUGAACAUUCCAGAGUGUGUAGUGAAUCACGUAAGCUAGAAAUGAUCCUCAAUCUGUUUAUGCAUAAAUAAUCUCUCCAUUCCAGUGGAACAUCUUUCCCCUCUUUGUUCUUAAGAUGUUUGGUUACACUAUAUAAUUUUGCUAUAGAAGAUGGCACUUAUAACCAAAGCCUAAGGUGGUUUAGAAAUGCUGGUUUUUCAGUUUUCAAGAGUGGGUUAAUUUCAGCACCUACAAUGUACAGUCUUGUUUGUAUUAAGUUGUUAAUAAAAGUACAUGAUAAACUUA